AUGGGCGAGGGCGGGCUGCCCCCGGCCUUCCAGCUGCUGCUGCGCGCCUGCGACCAGGGCGACACGGAGACGGCGCGGCGGCUAUUUGGGCACGUGAGCGUGGCACACCUCCUUUUGGAUCAUGGAGCUGAUAUCAAUGCCCAGAACCGUCUAGGGGCCAGCGUGCUCACUGUGGCCUCUCGGGGUGGCCACCUGGGUGUGGUGAAGCUGCUUCUGGAAGCUGGUGCCUUUGUGGACCAUCACAGCUCCUCAGGCGAGCAGUCAGGGGACAGCACGGAUGAGCUGUUGGACAUCACAGCCCUGAUGGCUGCUAUCCAGCAUGGGCAUGAGGCUGUGGUGCGUCUGCUGAUGGAGUGGGGCGCGGACCCCAACCACGUGGCCCGAACCGUGGGCUGGAGCCCACUGAUGCUGUCAGCACUCACUGGGAGGCUCGGCAUGGCUCAGCAGCUGGUGGAGAAGGGGGCCAACCCUGACUACCUCAGUGUGUUAGAGAAGACCGCCUUCGAGGUUGCACUUGACUGCAAGCACAGGGACCUUGCAGACUACCUGGACCCACUGACCACUGUCAGGCCCAAGACAGAUGAGGAGAAAAGGCGGCCUGAUAUUUUCCAUGCGUUGAAAAUGGGAAACUUCCAGCUGGUCAAAGAGAUCGCAGACGAAGACCCUAACUAUGUGAACCUGGUCAAUGGGGAUGGGGCAACCCCGCUGAUGCUGGCGGCCGUCACGGGGCAGCUGCCUCUGGUGCAACUUCUGGUGGAGAGGCGCGCUGACAUCGACAGGCAAGACAGCGUGCAUGGCUGGACAGCCCUCAUGCAGGCCACCUACCAUGGGAAUAAGGAAGUUGUCAAAUACCUGCUAAACCAAGGAGCUGAUGUCACUCUUCGUGCAAAAAACGGGUACACGGCCUUUGACCUAGUGAUGCUGCUGAGUGAUCCUGACACGGAACUUGUUCGACUGCUGGCAUCUGUCUGCAUGCAGGUGAAUAAAGACAAAGGCCGGCCCAGCCACCCACCACCUCUGCCCCACUCGAAGGUCCGACAGCCUUGGAGUGUCCCAGUGCUGCCCGAUGACAAAGGCGGGCUCAAGUCCUGGUGGAACCGAAUGUCCAAUCGGUUCCGGAAGCUCAAACUGAUGCAGACCCUGCCCCGCAGGCUCUCCAGCAACCAGCCAUUGCCUUUCUGUGAUGAACCAGACUCAGCGCUGGACUCCACAAUGAGGGCGGCCCCCCAGGACAAGACAAGCCGCUUGGGGCUUCAUGAUGUAGCCCCCACAGUGAAAGAUAAUGGUCCCGGGAGCAUGAGAGGAGACAAAGAAGAUGUGUUAUUGACAACCAUGCUUCGAAAUGGAGCCCCCUUCCCCAGACUCCCGAGUGACAAGCUGAAGGCAGUCAUCCCCCCUUUCUUACCCCCUUCCAGUUUUGAGCUGUGGAGCUCGGACCGGUCCCGGACAUGUCACGGUGGGAAGGCAGAACCCAUGAAGACUGUGCUGCCCCAGAGAGCUGGCCGGGGUGCCCCCGUGGGCAUGGGCGGUGGGAGCACAGAUGCUACUCCUGUCAGGCCGGUUAAAUUUCCAUCUCUCUCCAGAAGCCCCGCCUCUCCUGCCAAUUCCGGAAACUUCAACCACUCACCUCAUUCCUCAGGCGGCUCCAGUGGGGUCGGGGGCUCCAGCAGGCAUGGUGGGGAGCUGCAUAACCGCUCAGGUGGCAGCAUAGACAGUGUCCUGUCACAAAUUGCUGCCCAGAGGAAAAAGGCAGCCGGAUUAUCUGAGCAGAAGGCCAGCCACCGGUCAAGUCCUGUUGGGCCAGCGCCAGGGUCCGGCUCAUCUGAGCUCCCAGUCUCUCCUGCAGGCAGCGGCGGUCCCGGUGGCAAGCAGAAACUGGAGACGAGCAAACGGCCUUUGUCUGGAACUUCCACUACCUCCAAAAGCACCUCCCCCACACUCACGCCCUCCCCUUCGCCCAAAGGGCACGCGGCCGAGUCCUCUGUGUCCUCCUCGCCCCAUCGGCAGUCCAAGAGCAGUGGGGGCUCCAGCAGCGGCACCAUCACAGAUGAAGAUGAACUGACUGGAAUCCUUAAGAAAUUAUCACUUGAGAAGUAUCAGCCCAUUUUUGAGGAGCAAGAGGUGGAUAUGGAAGCAUUCCUCACGCUUACCGACGGCGACUUGAAGGAACUGGGUAUUAAGACAGAUGGGUCCAGGCAGCAGAUUUUGGCAGCAAUUUCUGAACUGAAUGCAGGCAAGGGACGCGAGAGACAGAUUUUACAGGAAACCAUUCACAACUUCCACUCUUCCUUUGAGAGCAGCGCCAGCAACACCAGGGCCCCUGGAAACAAUCCCUGUACAUGAUCCUCCCUCCUGUGGUCACCAUCGUGAGCUUUCUGAAUUCCAGUACUGCCCUCACACAGCCAGUGCUCCAGCCACCGUCAGCUCUUUCCCUAUUCCCUGAAACAGGCCACACUUUGUCACACCACCGUGCCUUUGUUCACUCUGCCCAGAACACCUGUCUUCCCUUCCCUGCUGUAGUAGUUGGUGAUGCUUGUUGCUGUAACAAACUCAAACAUGGUAGACUUAACCUCACAUGAAGUCUGGAACGGCUGCUUGUGCUUGGCAGGUGACUUCACACUGUGAUUUGGGGACCCAUCUCAUUUCAUCUUGCAGCCCUGCCAUCCCCAGGGACCUCAGCAUCUUUUCUUCUGGUUGGCAAAAAGGGGAAAGAGACAGUGGAGAAGGCACAGCCAUUCUUAACUACUUUCCUCUUAAUUGCCCUUGUUCCAUCUGUUCCUUCUCACAUUCCAUUGGCCUCCAGUAGUCAUGUGGCAUCAUCUGAGUGCUGGGAAAUGUAGUCUUUGUUUAGGUGAUGGCUCCCCAGCAGCAACUCUAAACUUAGCUGGGGCAGCAUGUGUUUUGGAGAAUGCUUAGCCUUCCCUGACACAUCUUUCCGGAAAACUUCUAACUUGUUCUUUGUGAUCCAAGUCGCCUGUACAGUGAAGCCUUUCUUGACUCUCUUACAUAGAACUAACUUUUCAGCCCCUGGGGUCCUUUACUGCGUGUCUGAAACUCUGUUCUAAUGCUUGGCUGCACCCACUGCAUACAGCAUACAACAGGUGUUCAGGAUGUGUAUGUUGAAUGCAUUUUUCUUUGU